CCGCCAGUAAACUGCGAGUCCUCCUUGCUCCGUCGCCUGCCUCUCUCUCUCCUCUGUCCUCUCCUCUCUCCUCCCUCUCUCACUGCCGUUCCCCAAAGCAGUUUCGGCUUCUCUUCUUCUCUCGGGCGAGGGGGAGGCCGCCGGCGGCGACCUUCGGGAGGAAGGGAGCCCGAAGGGAGGGCCCCCCUGGGAUCCCGCUGGAUUGGAUUGGAUUAGGACUGGAUCGUCGCGGGCAGAUGCGCUGAGCUCCUGUCGGGCAGAGCGAGCGAUGGGCGACCUUGCUGAUCUCGCGUGCGCCGGCGACGCCGCGCGCUCGCAUCUCGCCGGCGCCGGCCGGCGGGACAGGCUUGCGGAGCUGCUGGAGCUCGCGGCGGCGGACGACGCCGCGGCGUUCCGGGAGAAGCUCGCGGGGGCCGGCGGCGAUGGGGACGCCGCGGAGCUGGCGGACGGCGUGGGGCUGUGGUACGGCCGGAGCAAGGCGUACGAGCCGCGCACGCCGCUGAUGGUGGCGGCGACGUACGGCAGCGCCGAGGUGGUGUCGCUGCUGCUCGGCCUGGGAUGCGUCGAUGUCAACCGGCGCCCGGGCGUCGACGGCGCGACCCCACUGCACUGCGCCGCCUCCGGCGGCUCGCGGAACGCCGUCGCCAUCGUCAAGCUGCUUCUCGCUGCCGGCGCCGACCCGGUCACCCCCGACUCCGCCGGCCGCUUCCCUGCCGACGUCAUCCUGGCUCCUCCUGCUUCGCCGGAUGCCCUGGGCGAUCUGGAGAUGCUUCUUGGCCGCCGCCGAGGGCUGGCUGUCACGACCUCGGUACCAUCGGGUUCCUCAUCCCCGCCGCUCUCGUCCUCGCCGGAUGAGGGCAACAGGUCGCCAUCCUCACGGUCGUCUUCGUUGUCCCCGAUCACCGUGGACCGUGCCAAGAAGGAGUACCCGGUGGAUCCGACGCUGCCGGACAUCAAGAGUAGCGUGUAUGCCUCCGACGAGUUCCGCAUGUUCGUCUUCAAGUGCGGCCCUGCCCAGGCCUACUCGCACGACUGGACCGAAUGUCCAUUCGUGCACCCGGCGAGACGCCCGCCCUCCCGUGCCUCUUCAUCUAUUGACAUGACUGCUGCUGCUGCUCUUGGGCUGCUACCUGGAUCUCCUACCAGGCACUUUGUGCCACCCCCUCUGUCGCCAUCUGCUGCUAACAAUGGUGGAGGAGCUGCUGCUCAUUGGCUCCAAGGUAGCAGGCUGCGUUCUUCUUUCAAUGCAAGGGAUGCACAGGCUGAUGACCUUGGCGCGCUCCUUGAAUGGGAAUCACAAUACCUUGGAGCGCUCAGCCUCCCACAGAGCAGCCGAUCCCAGCCCCGUCUUUCUACUGGUCUGAGCAUUCAUCCGACAGCAAUGGCUCCAUCUAACCUCGAGGAGAUGUAUGCUUCAGACGUGGCAAUGUCACCAAGGUUCACCAAUGACCAAGCUCACUCAGUUUACUCACCAGCACACAAAUCGGCCCUUCUAAACAAGUUUCAUCAUCAACAAAAGGGUCUCCUGUCACCUGUUAAUACCAACAGGAUGUUCUCUCCAAGGGGUCUCGAUCCGUCAAUUAUCCAUUCUCCAUUUGGUGGCAUGUCUCCUCGGUCCCCUCGGACCAUGGAGCCAACAUCUCCCCUAAGUGCCCGUGUUGGAGCUACUGUCACACAGCCACAGCGUGAUAUGUUUGAUCAUUUCUCUUCCAUGAACAAGCAUCAGUUGCCAUCUGUUGGUUCGCCACGGAAUCUUAAUGCUUCAUGGGGUAACAUUGGUACCCCAAAGAGUAAGGUUGACUGGGGUGUUGAUAACGAAGAGCUGGUCCGUUUGAGGCAUCCUGCGCAACCUGGAGCUGCAGGAGAGGAACCAGAUGUGUCAUGGGUGCAGUCACUGGUGAACAAUGCUGAGCUGAAUGGCAAGAGGGGCGAAAUGGCAGGCAUGGCCUCUCGACCAAUGAGUAGGCCUGACCUGAGCAGUCAGGGUGAUUUAGUGGAUCAGACGAUGAUUGCUUCUUGGCUUGAGCAGCAAAUGCACUUGGAGCCGAAGUAACUGUUAAGGGAGGCCUUUACUGCCAAGGUGGAUGAAACCUUCAUUUUGCUGGAUUAGUUACCGAAGAAUAGUUAUUUGUCCUAGUAAAUAAUAAUAUUCUUUUGUAUUCUUGAAAUUUUUGUUCCCAAAGUCAGAGAUGGUGGUCUUCAGCAAAGCAUUCGGUCAGAGAUUGGUAGCUGAAAGCAGCUGCCCAGAAUUGGUAAACAACCUCGUUACUUUGGAGGUCCUAACUAGUAUUCUUUUCAUUAGUUCAGAUGAGGUAAGAUUCAUAUGGUCCACCAUGAGUCAAUAGUAAUUGUGUUGAUCUCUGUAACAAAAGAGAUUAUAGUUCUUUCCCCCCGCAUUUAUCAAUGAAUGAUUUCAUGAAAACAUUCAUAAUCCAAUUUGUUGUUCCUCUGUUGAAUACAUGUGUACUUCUGUUUUUCCCAUUUCCUGUGUUUGAUUGAUCCACUGUUGAAUAAUACUGGCUGUGAAAUGGUCCCAUUAUAAAAUAA